UGAAAUAAGGAAAUAAAUCAUACUGGAUACAGCAAUUUCUUGAAAAGACUUUCCUCAGCUUUAGAGUUUCGAAAAUUGCAUGAUUCUAAUUCGGCUGACGUCAGCUUCAGCAGUCGUCAGUUUUCAGCAUAUAUGUAGGAGAGGCGGAUCCGGGUUACCCGAUCAGUGUUCAAUAUCGAAAUAGCAGCAAGUGCUUCUGACAAGUUUCUUGGAACACUCAACAUCAUAGGCAGUUUUGAGUGACAUUCAUAAAGGUAUACCAUAUAAAUGACGACGCCAGUGAUCAUUGUGCACGGAGGCGCCUGGUCCAUUCCGGAUGAUAUUGUGGGUGAGUCGCGGGCUGGCACGAAGGCGGCGGCAAGGGCCGGCUAUGCUGUGCUGUCCAGCGGCGGUACCGCCAUUGACGCUAUACAAGCGGCUGUUCGAGUACUCGAGGAUGAUCCCUGCUUUGACGCCGGGACGGGUUCCGUGCUGACGGCUAACGGAGACGUGGAGAUGGACGCUGUGAUCAUGGACGGGCGAACGCUCGAAUCGGGGGCUGUCGCCUGCGUCCACAACAUCAAGAACCCAAUCGAACUUGCAAGGAAUGUCAUGGAAAAGACCGACCACUGCCUGUUGGUGGGACCAGGCGCCAACCUGUUCGCAGAGGAAGUGGGUAUCAAGCGCGUGCCGACAGAGACCCUGGUGUCCGCGAAGGCCGUCCGCGAACUACAGUUCUACCACGCCAACUACGACUGCACCGUUCAUGACCUUUUUCGACAGAGGGGUUCCGGUCACGACACUGUGGGUGCAGUGGCUCUGGACGUCAACGGUAACGUGGCGUACGGAACGUCAACGGGUGGCAUUUCCUGUAAAAAGCCGGGUCGCGUUGGUGAUAGCCCUAUCAUAGGUGCGGGCGGAUACGCGGACAACGAUGUAGGCGGCAUCUCAUGCACGGGACACGGGGAGUCCAUCUCCAAGGUCGUGCUGGCACACCAGGUCAUCGCCGCUAUGAGGACAGGAACGGACGCACAGGAGGCGGCAGACAAGGCGCUUGCCAACAUGGCGUCGCGGGUGGACGGGUACGGGGGCGUUAUCGUGCUGGGCCGUGAAGGCGACGUUGCGCUCUCCUUCACCACAGAGCGCAUGUCGUGGGCUUGGGCCAAGGAAGGCACUAUUCACAGCGGCGUCAACCCGGGUGAAGACUUUCGGGAACCUGUUGACGUCACCAAUGGUGACGUUGCUAACGGUGAUGUACAGAACGGAGGCGCAUCUAACAGUGAUGUUUAGGGGUGUUAUAGCAUUUUUGAUUGGUUAGACGUGUUUUUGUGUUGCUGGUUUAAAUAUACGUGCGAUCGCUGUUGAAGAAGGUGAUAUAUUUAAUAUGAUCAUGUUGAAAAGCAUCUGACUCAAAAUUGGACUUCUUAUAAAGCCAGUAUAGUACGAAAUUGGACAAUAUCUGUUCCGAUUUCCAACUGCUACCGAAGAUAAUCAAAAUUGAAAGAAAGAUACGUUUAUUCCAAGAGCAAAUGUGAUUUUUAGCAGGUGUUUUGUUUUAUUAUCUAUGCUAUUAUACCUGUUUAAAAUGUGUGAUUUGAUACGUCAAGUUAUAAUUAUCUACCGGAACCAUCAA